CACAUUCCAGAGUUGCACGUGUCGCGUUCAUACCACUGCCAUUGCCGUUUAUCCUCUGAGGAGUCUUCACUUCCAAGUUCUUCUGUUCGUACAGAACACAAUUGACUUUUCUUCUGCCCUUUGGGUGGUGGUUACAACAAAGAAGAGCUUCUCAGAACCUCCUCCUUCAACAAAAAUCAAGAACUCAAACAACGAUGGGAAGAGUGUUUGUGGUGGAGCUUGAGGGAAGAUCUUAUAGAUGCAAGUUCUGCAAAACUCACUUGGCCCUUGCUGAUGAUCUCAUCUCUCGGGCAUUUCAUUGCCGGAGGGGAAAAGCAUAUCUCUUCAACAAUGCUGUGAACUUCACAAUGGGUGUACUAGAGGAAAGGAUGAUGCUUUCAGGACUGCAUACCGUGGCUGAUAUUUUUUGCUGUUGCUGUGGUCAAAUAAUUGGUUGGAAAUAUGAAUCGGCGCAUGAGAAGAGCCAAAAGUAUAAAGAGGGAAAGUUUGUUCUUGAAAGAGGGAGGAUUGUUGAUGAGAUUGAUUUCUCCACUGAAUUCUACAUCGACACCCGUGCCAGCAUGAGCGAUGGCGAAGAUUAGCAUCCUAAAUCUUCUGUACCUGUUGGACCCGGGAAAAGAACAGUGCUUUGCUUUCUGUACAUGAAAAUAAAAAUGGUGAACCAUGAAAAUGUUUAUAAUCAAGAAAGUUCGUUAUGCUCUUUUUUCCUCCUUUUCCUCCUAGAAGUAGCAAUGUGGCGUGUGAUGAAAGAGGGUUCUGAAUAGUGUGUAUAAUGUGUGAAAGGAAAAAUAUGAAAAAGUUGUUUCAGAUUUUUCUCUAGAAGACAUGAAGGAGACACAUGUCCAUCAUGAUUCAAAUAUACUCUGACAGAUUACCAUAAUGCACGAAGCAUUAUCGGUUUUUUAGAGA